UGAAAAAAGUUAUUUAGGUGGUGGGAUACGGCGGAUGGCUCAAGGAUCAAGGUUCUUUAGGAAAAUCUUGAUUGUCUUAUCCUAGUGAUUGGUAAUUUAUCUUUUGAUUUCAUUUUUAAUAAUAGAUUUGAAGGUACAAGAUUAGAUUAGACUGAUUAGAGAAGUUUUGGUUCCUAUUAGUUAAUUAUUAACUAGUAAGUCAGUAUUAUUUAAAGAGCUUUUAACACACAAAAAUGAAUUCCAAGGCAUACCUCGCCAUAUUUAUGGUGAUUUUGGGCUGUAUGUUGAAUAAUGUCUUUCUCGAAUAUAUUAUUAAGUUGGACCCAGGCUCUGGCCACUUAAUAACAGCUUUACAGUUCUUAUUCAUCGCUCUCCAUGGAUUAAUUUUCACUUCAAAAUUUGGCACUGUAAAGCCCAAGGUUCCUUUUAAGGAAUAUCUGAAGCUAGUAGCAUUUUUUUUUGCAACAAGCGUCAUUAACAACUGGGCUUUCGCCUUCCAUAUACCAGUUCCUUUGCAUUUUAUUUUUAGAGCCGGUUCUCUAAUUGCUAAUAUGCUUAUGGGCAUUUUAAUUUUGAAAAGAAAAUAUACCAUUGAAAAGUAUUUAUCUGUAUUUAUGAUUACUACUGGCAUUGUUAUUUGUACAUUGUAUUCUUCAAAAGAGGUUGGCAAGUGCACUGACUGUGAUAAUGUUUCUGGCAAUCAAGAAUCAAUAGGUUCAUCAGAAGAAAAUGAAGUAGAUGCAAGUAAAAUAUUUUGGUGGGUUAUUGGUAUAGUUUUGUUGACUGGAGCACUGCUUCUUUCUGCUAGAAUGGGAAUUUAUCAAGAGACAUUGUAUAAAAAAUUUGGCAAACAUCCUGAAGAAGCCUUGUUUUAUACACAUCUGUAUUCUCUUCCUGGCUUCUUCUUAUAUUCAAGUAGUAUAAUGGAACACAUAGCAGUUGCUUCUAGCAGUGAGCCAAUCCAAAUACCAUUUACCAGUCUGGUAUUACCACUAAUAUGGAUUUAUUUAUUAUUGAAUGUCGUGACACAAUACAUGUGUAUCAGCUCAGUAUAUGUACUAACAACCGAAUGUACAUCUUUAACAGUAACUUUAGUUUUAACACUUAGAAAAUUUUUAUCACUAGUGUUCAGUAUUGUAUAUUUUCAAAAUCCAUUUACUAUUGCUCAUUGGUUUGGUACAAUUUUGGUGUUUGGUGGAACUUUACUUUUCGCUGAAGUACCACACAGGAUGAUGGCUAGUUUGAGAACUAAACCAAAAACAGACAAGAAGACUAAUUGAUGAUUGUUUGGUUGAUUUGUUAAUUUGAGGAAAGUUGAUUAUUAAUUAUUAAUUUUAUGUACCAUUGUAUAAAGUAAUUUAAUUCUGAUUUUUUUUCCUUAAAUCAUAAAAAUAUAAGUAAAAUCUUUCCUCAAAGCAUUUCAGAGUCAAUUUGUAAAGGCUAGUCUGACCAAAUAGUAUAAUUGCAGAGAUUUUUAAAUGUUGUUAGCUUGACGUUAUGUUAUUUUUUAAUACAUACGUAAUUUAAUUUGUUUCCUGUUAAAUGAUAAAUAAAAUUUGAUAGAAA